AGAAUUCCAGUGCCAUCGCCAAAAUUAUAAUUAAAGAUUAAAUUAUGUAUUUAAAGAUAGCCUUCCUCAGUAUUAUGAUUUUUGUUUUGCAACAUGUCAUUAGAAUCAUUUACUGGAUGGGCUAUCAUCUCCAUUACUACCAGCAUUACCCUGGGUCCUGUUACCAAGUUGAGGGAAUAGGCACAUGAAGACAUUUGGUUGUUGUUUUUUAAAAGCAGUUUUGAGUCUGAUUUACUUCCUUCCAGAAUUUGGUUCAUGGGAUAUUCAUACACUGCUAGAUGGAACAACCUUCAUCACAUCUGGUGUGUGUAUGAGUCUGUUGUCACAAAGUUUUCACGCACAUUACAAGAACACUAAUGCAGUUGGAUCAGUGUACUUGAUGUCACUCAACCAGACCAUCCCAACUGUUACUAGGUUAGAGAUCAUUUCACAGAGUGAAGAUUUUAAAGUAGAAACCUUUCGACCACAUGGGAUUAGUGUCUGGCCAGAUUAUCUCUCAGGUCAACACCUGAUUUAUGUUGUGAACCACCCGCUUAAAGAAGCCAACAGGGUGGAAAAGUUCCGUUUUGAUCCAGCCCAGCAGUCACUUUAUCAUCUCAAAACCUACACUAGCAGUAAACUGAGAUUAGUCUAUGAUGUUCAAGCCCUUGGAGAGGAUUCCUUCUAUGCCACCAACAUCCUGUACGAGCAGAAAGUCAGGUUCUUCAUGGUGCUGGAACUGUUCUCCCUCAUGCCCUGGUCCAGCGUUGUCUUGUACAGAGAGGACAUCGGCUUUAAGGAGGUCCUGACUGGGCUGACCAGUGUCACUGGCAUUGUCAUGUCCAAGUGUGGAAAUUUUAUUUAUGUGGUUAUGUCCCUGAGCUGUGAAAUUCGAGUUUACUCACAUCAAAAAGAUGACUCUUUAAUACUACAGCAGUCGUACCCUCUGUUUACACACCCAGACAAUGCAGUGAUUGAUCCAGUAUCAGGGGAUUUGUUUAUUGGCUCACAUCCUAUAGCCUAUCAGUUCCUUAACCACAUUGAUAACCCUGGGAGACACAAGGCAGCAUCACAGGUUUUGCAUGUUCGGCUUAUGGAAGGCAACAUCACAACAGUGACCGAGUUGUUAUACGAUGAUGGAGAUCUGAUAUCUGGAUCUACAGCGGCUGUUGUCUACAGUAAAAAGUUGCUUGUUGGCUCAGCUUUUGAUAAACUGGUUAUAUGUGAUGUCAGCGUACCAAUAUAGUGUUGCGUAUUAGUGUGUUUAUAAUCAAUAGUCAUCGCAGUAUAUGUUUGAUACACUCAGUUCUAUUUCUUCUUGAUUAAAGCAUACAAAUGUAAAUGUGUUUUUGUAGCUGUGAAUGUUAACCAUGCACAAUCUCCACAGCCUGAUGUACUGCAUGUAUAAACGAGGUGUAAAAUAUAACGUUCAUGACAAGGACUGGACCCCUGCACAUUAAUUAAUGCUGUCAAACUUGUUUUCCUGUCAAACUUGUUUUCUUGUAUAUAUGAAUCAUUAGUGCCAAAACUAAUAAUAUUUGUUAGUACAGGAUAGUAGAGUGCUAGUCAACUAACCCAAAUGUCUCGAGUUUGAAUCUCAGUUCUGACUUGAGCCUGCAGGAUGUCCCAGAGUCCACCCAGCACUGAUGGGUACCUAACAUUAGCGAAAGUAAAGGUGACUGGGCAUAGUGCUGACAACAUCAUCUAUUCCAUAUGCAUAGGUCAAGAAAUGUAUGUACUCUACUUCAUCUGGAUAUUUAGAUCUGAAAUGGGAACUUCACCAUAAUAUAUAUUCAAAUUUAUUCAAUAGUAACAUUUUUUAUAAUGUUUCUUUACUCUAUGAAUCAUAAUUUUGUUUUUUAAUAUGUGCAAUAUUGUUCAUUUGUACCAGGUGCAAUAUGUCUGUUACACUUUACCCUCUACCCUGUAAUUUAAUUUUAUAUGUACUUGUCCUAGUUAAAAUACAA